ACCAAAACAAUACAAAAAAGGCCGGCUGCUGAUAGAUUUUCCACAAAAAGAAGCAUCGAUAAUGGAUCAUCCGAGGAAUCUGAAUCCGGAUAGUGCCGCUGCGCUCUCGAACACCCCGCCGAAAUCCCUUUUGCAACGGUUUUGUCGGUUGUGCCUACGUGAGUUUCCUUUUCUCUUACCUUUUAAAGCAACUCUGAACGGUACAACCCUUGCUGGUAUGCUGGAGAGAUUACUUGGAGGAUUCCAGGUGACUCAAACGCACGAUCUGCCCGAUCACAUUUGCCCCCGGUGUGUGACAAAACUGGACUUUGCAUACCACGUACAACUGGAACUGGUUCGGAACGAGCACAGGCUAAAACACUUUCUUCAGAAUGGGCAGCUGGUGCAGCAAUUGUUUGACUUUCAAAAUAAUUAUACAGCAGUGCGGGAAAGCCACGCGGACAAGUUACUAGCUUCGCACGGUACCACACUGCUCGGCGAAAAGGUCGUGGUAUCUGCAGGAAAGGAAGUACCCGGCAUGCAGAUGGCAGAGUUGGAAGCGGCAAAACUUUACAAAACAGAGCUACCGACUGCAUGCGAAACUCCAUGCGAAUGUCGUGCAAUACCCAAGGCCACACCGCAUUCUUAUACGCGAUCCGCUGGCGCACCGAAGCAACCGAAGCGGACACUACGAAACCGACAGACUCUACGCGAUGCAAUCAAACGCGGCAGUACGGGAGGUGAGAAAAUAAUGCCUAUCGAUAUGACAAAAUGCUACAUAUGUGAGACAACGACAGCGAGCGAAACCGAUUUACGUGAUCAUAUCGCAUCCCACGUGGAUAUGCUACCUCACAGCUGCCCGGAGUGCAGUAAGGAGACUGAGGUAAAGCCGAUCACCUCUUUGAUAACUCUGCUCCGCCAUUACCGGAUGCACUCGUACCCACUUAAAUGCCCAAACUGCCCGCAGCGCUUUGUACGAUAUGGAAGUGUGUACGCACACGUUCGCUAUCGGCACGAGCUGUUCGAUAAUCCGGAGGGAUACACCUGCGAAGUGUGUGGACUGACGAUCAAGUAUCGGCCCACGUUUAUGUACCACAUGCGAAACCAUUACCACGAACAGAUGGGCACGUUUCGCUGUAGCUUUUGCGACCGAGCCUUCGGAACCAAGGCGCGUCUCGAGCGCCACGAGAGAUCGCAUACGGGCGACCGACCCUUCGCUUGUCGCUUGUGUCCGAAAACGUUCGCACAUCCGAGCCAGCUAACGGUGCACCGGUCGCGGCACAUAAACGAGCGUGGCCACCGGUGCGAUGAGUGUGGUAAAUCAUUUUACACUCGAACAUUGCUGAAACAACACCAACAAUCACACGAUCGGGAAGUAGGUGGAUUACAUCAGGAUACGGAUAAGCGAUCUUCACGGACCGAGCCGCGUCCCUGCACGUAUCCUGGCUGUCAGCAUGUGGGGGCUACUUAUCAAGCAUACUACUUGCACCGAUUGCGGCACAUAAUGGCCCACGAAUGCGAGGAAUGCGGCCGUCGGUUUGCACGCCUCAGUGAGCUGCAGCGUCAUCAGAAGAUCUACCACACAGACGACCAUCCGUACCGGUGCGAACAGUGUGAUAAAGUAUUUCUCAGCAGACAAACCUACCGGGAGCACAUGGACGCCCACGCGAAUGUCCGGCGCUACGCGUGCGAAAUGUGCGACAAGAAAUUUGUGAGACGCCGGAAUCUGUUAAACCACCAGAAAGCACACACGAACCAGCGACCUUUCAAGUGUGAGCUAUGUGAAAGCACUUUCAAGUACAAAAGCGACUACAAUCGGCAUCAAAAGGACAGGCAUAGGAUGGAACCUCCGGUGGAAGGGGAAGAAACCGAGGAACCGCGAGACGGGACAACCGGCUUGAGCAACAUCGUACUCAUAGCGGAUCAUUCGAUGGAUAAAGGGAAAAUCCUGCGGGAAGCGCUCGAGCAACAAAUAUUAAUGGAAGACGAUGUGCAAGGACAGGUAUCCUAUAUCGGAGAAGAGGACGUUACAAAGUACGAAGAGAUUGAAACCGUUGAAGAGUCGAUCGUAUUUGAACAACCGGUAGGGGCGCUAGAAAUGGACGAUGUGCCAAAGCGGGAGUAUAUCAUUGAGUACAUUCAGCAAAACUAGGAGGGUCAAAAGUAUCGAAUUGAUUUAGCAUGAAAUGUUUUACUAAUAAGAAUUUUUUAAUGAAAUAGUUUGAAUGAAUUACGGUGCACGAUUGCGAUAGUCAAUCGUCUAGAUCCUCGAGGAUCUUUGAUACUUCAAAGGAUUAUACUCGCUUGCAUUUUCUGGCGACAACAUGCUGCCAUUCAUCGCCGAGAAACGGCCGUAUCAAAUAAACUCAAGCAAGGAAAUGUUUUUAACAAAACACAUUUCAAGCAAAUUGUUGCAAUUUUC